AUGAUUGGUGGGCACAAUACAGCCUAUGCCCGGCUUCCCAGUGACAAGAACAGCCAGCGCACUGAUGUGGGUUGGAGGCUCUUUGACGAUUGCACUGUCACCAUAGUAGAUGAAAGCCAGGAACAAAGAGUCGCCAAGAUAGCUGGCUUGGCAGAGGAAGUAGAUAUGUCUUUCACAGACACCAGUUGUGUCGUCAAGUUACCUGAUGGCCGCCAGUGGAGCUGCCGGUUUUACGCAGACAUCGAGAGUUCCUGCAGCAAAGUCCAGUACAAGAAGGGCAAUGUCAUGCAGCUGGUGCUACAGAAGAAGAUCCCUUUGCACGCUUGGCCUUCGCUCUCGAAGUGGUGCAAAGAUGGCUCAAGGGAGCAGACCAAGAGGGCUGCAUGUAAGGGGAACGGCAAGGAGAAGCCCCCUUCUGGGGGGGAAGGACCUGUGGAGCCUCAGCCUGAUAGCGCCAUGGCCACCCGGGGGGAAAGAGAGCCCUCCAACCCAAAGCGAGUCCCUGAGACCUCAGGAGGGAAGAACCCAGCUAGCUUGGGGCUGCCAGCUGGCCCGUGUGCCAAAAGGGCAGUGUGUGUCAAUGCCACUCCGUCUGCGGAGGAAGGGAGCGGCAGCAGCAGCAGUGUAAGCACCACAGGGCUCUGUGAGAAGGUCGACAGCCAGAGGAAUGGCUGGGGAGCCCAGGGAAAUGCUUCCUUGAAUGUAAAGGCUGACAACCUGGAGAGUCACGAGGUCGUUGCAGAAGAGGCCUGGCAGCGGCACAAACUGAGGAACGAUUCCUUCAUUGUGGACCUGUUCCAGGGCCUGUACAAAUCCAAGCUAGUGUGCCCUGUGUGCUCAAAGGUGUCCAUCACGUUCAAUCCUUUCCUGUAUUUGCCAGUCCCCCUACCCCAGAAGCAGAAAGUGCCAACUGUCUAUUACUUUGUAAAGGAAUCCCACAAGAAACCUGUCAAGUUCCUCGUGAGCAUCAGCAAGGAGAACUCUACUGCUAUGGAGGUGCUAGACUCGGUGUCUCAUAGCACACGGGUGAAUCCUGAAAACCUGCGCCUGGCUGAGGUGCUCAAGAACUGCUUCCCCCGCAUGUUCCUGCCCUCCAGUUCAUUGGACACGGUCUCCCCCACUGACCUUCUGCUGUGCUUUCAGGUGCUUUCUCCAGAACUGGCCAAGGAGCGUGUGGUGGAGCUGCAAGUUCAACAGCGUCCUCAGGUGACCAGCGUGCCCAUCACCAAAUGUGCUGCCUGUGAGAAGAAGCAGCAGUCAGAGGAGGAGAAGCUGAAGCGCUGUACUCGUGUGCCCGAGUCACGCCUCACCUAUGCAUGGCUGGCCCAGCUUCUGGAAGGCUAUGCCAGGUACUCGGUCAGCAUGUUCCAGCUGCCCCUGCAGGUGGGCCGGCUGUCGCCCGAACAAGGCUUGCAGCCCCAACCUCCUGAGAAACAAGCACCACCGGCCAGGAAUAGCAGUGCUACAGCGGUGUGUGCUGCUUCUGCUGCUGCUGAGACCACCAUGGAGUCGGGAGGUGGUGCCAGGGCCCCACACCUGUUGCAGGAACUCCAGGCAUCCCUCUCAGCUCCGGAGCUGCAGCCUGAAUUAGGGGAUACCAGCACUGUGAGGCGCAAGGUGCCUGCAGGGAGAAGCUCGGGGCUAAGCUUCCAGACAAGUGACGUCAACUUUCUGCGAUUGCAUCCAGGCUGUGGCUCUCAUACAGUAUUCAGGUGGCAAGUAAAACUCGGGAAUCUCAUAGAGCCAGGCCUGCGCAAAUAUAACUUCACCCCCGCCCGCAUCGACGUCUGCUUGAAGAAAUGGCACAGCCAGCGCUGGGGGGGCCUGGAGGCUCCUGCAACACGAGGUGCAGUGGGUGGUGCGAAGGUUGCCAUGCCAACAGGCCCUACCCUGCUGGAUAAAAGCCAACCUGGAAAUAACCAGCAACCUCUGUCCACUAAAGAGGAGGCAUGAGCGGGUGAGAAGGAGAAGCCAGGAGCAGAGGGGAGAGGCCUGGAUGGCGUAGCUGCUCAGAGAGUGUCUGAGCAUGUGCCAGUGAAGCAGGAACCGCUGGUGCCCUCACCGAAGCCAACGUGCAUGGUCCCACCAAUGACCCACAGCCCUCUCAGCAGCAAAAGUGUGGAGGAGGAGGAGGAGGAGGAGGAAGAGGAGGACAAGAAUGUGUGUCUGCCAGGCUUCACAGGGCUCAUGGAAGUGGGCAAUACCUGCUUCAUGAACAGUGUUAUCCAGUCUCUCUCCAACACCAGGGAGUUGCGGGACUACUUCCAUGAUCACAUUUUUGAGUCCGAAAUAAACUACAAUUACCCACUGGGAACUGGGGGGUACCUAGCUAUUGGCUUUGCUGUGCUUUUGAGGGCAAACUGGAAAGGCACAAACCACACCUUCCAGCCUUCCAAACUGAAGGCGAUUGUGGCCAGCAAGGCAAGCCAGUUCACAGGCUAUGCUCAACACGAUGUCCAGGAAUUCAUGGCUUUCCUGCUGGAUGGGCUCCAUGAGGACCUGAACCAUGUCUAUAUCAAGCCCUUCAUAGAAACGGUGGACUCGGAUGGACAGCCAGACGAGGUCAUUGCAGAAGAGGCCUGGCAGCGGCGCAAACUAAGGAACAAUUCCUUCAUUGUGGACCUGUUCCAGGGCCUGUACAAAUCCAAGCUAGUGUGCCCUGUGUGCUCAAAGGUGUCCAUCACGUUCGAUCCUUUCCUGUAUUUGCCAGUCCCCCUACCCCAGAAGCAGAAAGUACCGACAGUCUAUUACUUUGUAAAGGAACCCCACAAGAAACUUGUCAAGUUCCUCGUGAGCAUCAGCAAGGAGAACUCUACUACUAUGGAGGUGCUAGACUCGGUGUCUCAUAGCACACGAGUGAAUCCUGAAAACCUGCACCUGGCUGAGGUGCUCAAGAACCGCUUUCACUGCAUGUUCCUGCUCUCCAGUUCAUUGGACACGGUCUCCCCCACUGACCUUCUGCUGUGCUUUCAGGUGCUUUCUCCAGAACUGGCCAAGAAGCGUGUGGUGGAGCUGCAAGUUCAACAGCGUCCUCAGGUGACCAGCGUGCCACUGGCCAGGAAUAGCAGUGCUACAGCGGUGUGUGCUUCUGCUGCUGCUGAGACCACUGUGGAGUCAGGAGACGGUGCCAGGGCCCCACACCUGUUGCAGGAACUCCAGGCAUCCCUCUCAGUCCCGGAGCUGCAGCCUGAAUUAUGGGAUACCAGCACUACACAGCAGAUGGUAGAAGAACACUUCAUGGGACCGUCAUAA